AUGAGUGUUGUUGGAACAUUACCAUAUUUACCUCCUGAAGUAGUUCGACAUCAGAAAUGUUCGAAAGCAAUGGACAUUUGGAGUUUUGGACUGGUAAUAUGGGAGAUGCUAACUGGCCUAACACCUUAUGAGGGUGACGGUAGGGGAUACGUGCUUUGGCAGAUCGGUUGUUUUCGAAAGCAGACGAUUCCUGCCAGUUGUCCUGAUGAGCUAAAAUCUAUUAUAGAAAGAUGUUGGGAAGACGAACCUGAGAAGAGACCGUCGUUUGUGCAGUUACUUCCAGAAUUUGAAGAGCUCUGUAAAGUCCAUCACUGUAAUGGGCAUCAGAAAAGGCAGACAAGUACGCUGGUGGAUCGUAAAACUAUAGUACCGUCGUAUAACAGAAAUACUUCGAACUUACCAGAGCGCGAACAGAAACAACCUUCAUCAGAAGAAGUUGAGUUACAAAUGAGGAAAAUUGCAUUUUUGUACCAAAGUGAACCCAAAGUGAAACCUCAUCCACCAAAAGGGAAGAAAAAACCGAAGGCCUGUGAUAUAUCGGAACCAUUAGAUUUCGUUCAGAAGGUGUCACUGACGCCGAAGAAUCCUGUUACUCUUUAUGUAGUAAUGUGCAGGUUUAUUGGUAUUUGGUUUGCUCAUGUAGAGGAGUCUUCAGAAAGAAGAAAAUUAGUUUUAGAAAAAGUCAUGAGUGGAAGUUCUAGUUGGGAGUUUGUGAUGUGCUUGUGUUUUAUUGCAGCGAAAAGUAGAAAUGAUUUAAAUACUGCUGUCACACCUGAUCGGCCGGAUGCUUUUGAUUUCGAAAUAGUGAAAGCAGAGCAGAAUAGUAAUGAGUACUCCAGUUCUGGUUUUGCUACAGUACCGAGAACUCCAAAAAAGUACACGGCUGCUCCAAACUUUGUUACUUGUUCACCGUAUGUUGUGGUGCAGCAUAUGCCGUCGAACAGCACUCCGAACCUUUCACAAUUGAACCCUGCACCCAGUUCUAGUCAAAGAAGUUUGAAUGUCGAGGAAUCUAGCCCAAAACUACAUAGAGCGAAUGGAAGACGGCGGAAAAAAGAUUCAGGUCGUAACAGCACGGAUUAUAAGGGCCAGUCUGACAAAUUUAACGUAGAAACACCGAUUGAAUCUGUGGUAGAAGAUGAACGCUUUGAUCAGGGAAAUCUGUUUGAAAAUCAGCAAAGUCUGUUUCCGGCAAAAAGAAUUACACAACCAAGGUCGUCAUCUGUGAGCAGUACAAACGGUGCCAAAUCAAAUGGGAAAAAACACUUUUUUGGGAUAUCUUUGUUUGCUAGAAAGGACAGGUCGCCAGUUCAGCGUCCUAAAAACCACAAAAAAGGGCUGAACAUAAUGAUACAUCCACGUAGUUCUCUAGGAGGCAUCUUGGUCUCGGAUUCCACUUCUACCUUUUCAGCAUUAACUACUUUCAGGAAAAAAUCAAAGGGUAUGUCGUCUGACGACGAUGAUAUCGUUCGUACUGAGAACUCUGUAACUUUUGUGAAAUCUGAUAAAUCUCCUACCGCUCAUGGUGUUAUUGGUUCUGCGGCGGCACAAACUGUUGUGAACCCAAAACUGGAACACUCCAUUGAAAGUUAUAGUUUAAAUAUCCUAGAUGAGGUAGUUGUUCCUACCGGAAAAGAUAUGAUGGAAAACACUUCUUAUGUCCCUCCAGAUGCAGUAAAUACAAAACCAGUUUCUUACACUACAGUGUGUCCAACAGUGUCUGGUUCCAGGAGCUCAUCAUCGAGUAGUGUUUCGUGGGAUGACACGGUACCGUGUCCAUCUUACGUUAUGCCAAAUCUUUCAUACAGCCGCUUACCAAAAGAAAAGCCAGACUGUCAAGACUCUUUUGUGUGUCUAGAUACAGAUGUAACUGGAGGCGUAGAGAAUGACGAUGAGAUCUGUGGCAACAAUUCGUGUAGUUCACAUGGUAGCGAGCCUGGAUUCUCCUACGAAAAUCUUGGUGGAAUGUUCAAUACGUCAUAUACAAGGUUAUCAUCUGAUGGCUGCGAUUUAUAUGUUUCCGCCAGCAAUAUUCAACAUACUCAGUUGAACAGCUCUGCAAUUCACGAUAGCUCGUGUAUUUUAUUUGGUUCACAAAAAAUAGACGAAAACUCUCCUUCAUUCAGGAAGGAACUAUCAACUAACCAAUAUUUGAACUUCAAUUUGCAACCGCUUACGCGCACCGGCUCUUCAUAUACAAUUUCGCAGAGACCGAUAACUUUAGACUUACAUCAGCCAUCGACACCAGCUGAAAGUGGGAUCGCCACAGCUGGUAGUUCGUGCCAGAGUCUUUCCAGUUCAGAAAACAUAGUUCCUCUCCUCGCUGAAUUAGCCCUGAAACGAGCACCAAAAAUCCCGCCUCGACCGAAACGAAAGUCAGAAGAUGAUAAUGUUAGUCGACAAAGGCUCAGUCCAGUUUCGCAGUCACCGUCGGACAGAAAACUGAUCUCUACAGCAAUUGCUUAUGAGCUGCUUGUGGCUAGAUCAGGUUCUGCUACUGAUGAAGCCUAUUGCAGUAGCGUGGCGGGUGCAACUUUGAAAGUUUAUUUGAGUGUAGUAUUGGUACGUUUUCGGAGAGGUCUGCUUGGUGAUGCCAGUAUAGUUGGGGUGGUGUCACGAAAGGCAUUUGUAAAAGAGGUUGGAGACAUCACUAUGCUCUGCGCGUGCGAUUCUGAAUUAUUGAAGCUGGUUGAUGCAAACGGCACUGAAGUGGAAUUUUAUUCUGCUGGGUCUCUAGCUUUGGAAGUGUCGGUAGUGUUUUUUGAUAGUUUCAAAGAUACUGUUUAUUACUGUUUAAACAAUGUUCGAUUAAUUUUCGAGCUUAUUACCGGCCUCCCUGCUGUAUGGGGCCCUGAGAAUGGUCAAUGUGACGGUGUUAUGUCCAAAUUCUCAUCGUUGUACGAUAAAAAUAAAUCCAACGUCGCAGCUUCAAUUCUUGAGGAAGCCUGUUAUAGAGAAGGAUAUGGAGUGGAUUUUUAUCGCCUUGUUCACUGUGGCAUACCUUUAGAUUUAUCUUUGCCUUUUCGACUUACUGGACUCCCUAAUAAUGUGACUCUUGAAAUGGAACGUUUUAGCCAUUCUAGUCACAUUUCUGAAGUUGAUGUUGCUUUUCAGCUGCCUAGCGGGGAGCGAAAGUGCUUAAAGUUUUCCUUGAGCAACACUUUGAUGGAGGUUGUGAGAAGAUUUGCCGAAGAAUUCAAUAUAGAUCUUUUAAAAGGAGGCGAGGAAGGUUAUAUUCCUUCCUGUUCUUAUAUAAAUAAGACGUAUCGCGGAGCAGAUUUAUUGGAAGGAACAACUCUGAAGUCUAUGGGUAUGGCUGGCGGAUCUCGUAUCUGUUUAAGAUUUAACAUGAUCCAAAUGGUGCCGGAGGAGAUUUCUUUGCUGCAUAAACGUUCUGAGGAGGAAGCAAAUAGAAAAAGAAAAUUAAUGGCUUUUUUUGAUCAGAAAAAAGCAGAGAAUGAGAAACGUGAGCAGUUGUUUAAGGCUAGAAGUGAGGCGUACGGGCACAAUUUGGAAAACAAAUUUGUUGGUAUUGGGGGCAUAACAAAGGCAAGUGCACUGCAAAUUCAUCUGCUGUCUAGAAAUGAAUUAAGCUGGCUUAAUUUUCCAGAGGAAGAGAAAGUUGGUUCUGUUACUCAGUUGGACAAAAAAGCUUCUAGUUUCUUGCAAAAGGAUUCACCUAAAGAUAAAGAGGAGUUAAAUGUUUUUGAACCAAAGCUUUCACGCGAUUUGAAUUCUGAAGGAGGGCUUUUAGUAGACGACAGAUCAUUAAACAUGACUGUUGAAGAAUGCGAUCGUCACCCAUUCUUGUUUUCUUUGAUGGAUUGUAAUGUUCUAGAAGAUUCUGAGCUUUUUGAAGAAGAAGACGGCUUUUAUGAGCUGACUGCUGCUGACGCUCGAAAACUUCAGAAGGAGCUUCAUGAACAAGCUACAAUGGAACGUUGUCUUAUCCCAAGGAGUUUUAUUGAGAAGGAAAAUAAGCAACGGAAAUUGACUGCUUUUCAAAAUGCCGUGAUUCGCUUUGUAUUUGGUAGCGGGAGUGUUGUUCAGACUUGCUUUUAUUCUUGUGAACCAGCUUCUCGGUUAUAUGAUUGCGUGGCUAGUUGGUUUUCUGAGAAGUUACAGUUUACUCUAAGUUUUGGACUAAAGCAGUGGAUAAAAAACGACACUACAAAAAAUUUGGUGGACAUCGACGCGGCACCUUCUUCAAGAAUUUAUGUCAAUUUUAUUAAAUCAAAAGUAGAUUAUGAACGUUUGCUUUUGAUACCAGGCUUGAAGUGUGGAACGAGAAAAGAAGCUGAUGCGGUGUGUAAGAAAUGGUUGUCUGCUAAUUCAGCAUUUGUUUCAUUCAAGCCCAAACUCGAAUUUGAGGAGGAGAACCAAGAAUCUGUAUUCAGCAGUGAAAGCGCGUCUCGUGAUGACGUGAAGUCAUUUAAAAAAUCUUCCACACCGACUCCCAAGUGGUUCAAAAAACUGUGA